AUGGAAGAAUUGAAGAACCCAUCAGGCACUUCUCUUUUGGUACCAUCUGUUCAAGAGUUAGUUAAAGAUGAAAAGCUUUCAACUGUUCCACCAAGAUAUAUUCAGCCUCAACUUGAAGACUCUAUUCUUUCUCAAGUUGAUAGUACACUUGAAAUUCCAAUUAUUAAUAUUCAUAACUUGCUUUCAAAAGAAUUUGGGAGUAAAGAAUUGGCUAAGCUUCACCUUGCUUGCAAAGAUUGGGGAUUCUUUCAGGUUGUAAAUCAUGGUGUUAGUUCCUUCUUGGUGGAGAAAGUAAAAUUGGAGAUUCAAGAUUUUUUCAACCUUCCAUUGUCUGAAAAGAAAAAGUUUUGGCAAACUGAACAACAUAUGGAGGGAUUUGGACAAGCAUUUGUUGUGAGUGAUGAACAAAAACUUGAUUGGGCUGAUAUGUUUUAUAUGACAACACUUCCUAAACAUUCUAGAAUGCCUCACUUAUUUCCACAACUUCCUCUUCCUUUAAGAGAAACACUAGAGUUAUACUCACAAGAAAUGAAAAAUCUAGCCAUGAUUAUUGUUGGUCAUAUAGGAAAAGCUUUGAAUAUAAAAGAAAUGGAAAUGAGAGAAUUGUUUGAAGAUGGCAUACAAAUGAUGAGAAUGAACUAUUAUCCUCCAUGUCCUCAACCUGAAAAAGUUAUUGGCCUAACAAAACAUUCAGAUCCUGGAGGUGUCACUAUCCUCCUACAGCUCAAUGAAGUAGAAGGACUCCAAGUAAAGAAAGAUGGCAUGUGGGUCUCUAUUAAGCCUCUAUCUAAUGCCUUCAUUGUCAACAUUGGGGACAUGCUAGAGAUUAUUACAAAUGGGAUAUAUCGAAGUAUAGAACAUCGAGCAGUAGUGAACACGGAAAAAGAAAGACUUUCAAUUGCAACAUUCUAUAGUCCAAAACAAGAAGGUAUUGUAGGUCCUAUUGAGAGCUUGAUUACUCAACAAACACCUUCACGAUUUAGAAAAAUUGGAGUUGAGGAGUACUUCAUCAACUUAUUUGCUCGUAAACUUGAUGGAAAGUCUAACAUCGAUGUCAUGAGAAUAGAGCAUGAAGAUUGA